CUGGCUCAUCAUCGGCGGGCGGCAUCUUUUCUCACUCAUCGCCCAUUAACGACUUAAUUCAUUUAACAAGUGUGUUCCAUUGCAAGAACUUGAGUGAAGGAACCGCCUGCGUCCAGAACCGCAUAAGUGUGACCCGUUAGUGACGAUCGCGGUUUACAACGGGAAGGAUGUAUUUUCUGGCAAGGUGACAGACACAACCACGCAAUCAUGAGUGUCGCCAGGAGUCGAAGAGCCAACAGGAGUAGCAGCGGUAAUGCCGCUCGAGUGGAAAAGGUGAUGAGAAGUGUGUACGAUGAGUUGUUUGGUGAAUCGGAGUUGGCACUGGGUGGUGGAGAAAAUGGAUCGCCCAAGGAUUCAUCUCUUGGCGGUGCGGAUGGGCAUCUUCAACGGUCACAGGCUAACGCCAGGGAGCGGUUCAGGACGCAUAGCGUCAACUCGGCGUUCAGCAAUCUGCGGCUUUUGAUCCCAACGGAACCGAAGAACCGAAAACUAUCCAAGAUUGAAACCCUGCGACUGGCCAAAAGCUACAUUUCCCAUCUGAUUGCAGUGCUGAUUACCGGAAACACACGACAACCCUGCCUGAUGGCUCAAUCAUCACAGCUGGGCUUCUUCGGUGCAGACGAGCUCGGUGAAUGUGGAAGCACUAGCGAUGACAGCAGCCAGUGUAGUGCCCCGGGAGCGGCUCUUUUGCGAACUGUGGAACUGGGAAUCGAAAACUACGAACCCAUGGGAACCGGAAUCAGCAGCAUGGACGGAACGGGAAGGGCUGCCAUAUGUACAUUUUGUGUUUCGAUGAAAAAAUAA